AUGCACACCGUCUUUCGAAUCGGUGAAGUUCGAAAAAUUGAUAAGAAAAGUCCACUUUAUGAAGUGGACCUUAAACUUACGUCGGAUGACGACCAACAACUUCGUCAAUUAACCAAUCGUAUACGAGAAGAAUCUUCAGGUAGCACUGGAUGGUAUCGAAUGGGUAAAUUGCUACUCAAAAUUGGUCAAUUUGACAAGGCUGAAGAAUUAUAUACAGCACUACUAGAACAAGUAUCCAACGACAGUGAUAAAGCACAUAUCUAUCAUAUGCUUGGAAUAAUGAAAAAUGACAAAGGGCAAUAUACAGAAGCAGCUUCAUUGUAUGAAAUGUCUCUCAAAAUCUAUCGAAAAAGUCUCCCGGAAGAUCAUCCUUCAUUGGGUCCUACCUACAACAACAUUGCUGUAGUGUAUAACAACAUGGGUGACUACUCGAAAGCACUUGAAUUUUACAAAAAAUCACAUAAAAUCUACGAAAAAGCUCUGUCUCCGAAUGAUCCCAAUUUGGCUACUUCCUACAACAAUAUCGGUCAAGUGUAUGAAAACAUGGGUGACUACUCGAAAGCACUUGAAUUCUACGAAAAAUCACUGCAAAUAAGAGAAAAAGCUCUGCCUUCGAAUCAUCCCGAUUUAGCUAGCUCCUACAACAACAUCGGUGGAGUGUAUAACAACAUGGGUGACUACUCGAAAACACUUGAAUUUUACGAGAAAGAUCUCGAAAUCACGAAAAAAGCUCUGCCUCCGAAUCAUCCUAAUUUGGCUAUUAGUUACUUGAAUUUUGCAACAUGUUACGAAAGAAUGGGUGAUUACGCAGCAGCUCAUAAGGCUCUUCGAAGUGCUUUUCAAAUUCAACAACAAGCAUUUCAAGAAGGUAAUCCAGCUUUUGCUUCAACAUAUAGGUGGCUCGGAAGAGUUUAUCGCAGUAUGAAAGAUUAUCCAAAAGCCCUUGAUAAUUUCGAAAAAUGUCUCGCAAUAUUUCAAAAAACGUUGUCUGAAAAUCAUCCAUAUCUAGCUCUAACAUACAGUAAUAUUGGCGAUAUUCAUCGAUUAAUGGGUAAUUAUGAAAAGGCACUUGUAUUUCAUCAAAAAGCAUUAAAUAUUCAAGAAAAUGUUCAAUGUAAUCCUCUGGAAUGUGCAACGACAUAUAUAAAUUUAGGUGAAACUUAUCGUGAAAUGAAAGAUUAUUCAACAGCAUUGACAUAUUAUCAAAAAGGAUUAGAAAUACGUGAGAAGAAAUUACCAAAAAAUCAUCCUGAUUUAGCUGUUGUAUAUCAUAAUAUGGCAAAAUUAUAUUUGGCUACACGAAAAUAUAGUAUGGCAAUGAAAAAUAUUCAACAAACAGUUGAAAUAGCUCAAGAAAAAUUACCUUCAACUCAUCCUCAUCUUUUGGAAUAUAAAGAAACAUUUGAAAAAAUUCGAAAGAAAAUGUAA